AAAACAUCCCGAGACAAAACUGGAGGGCAUGGAUCGCAGGAUGUGUCCAGUGAGAGUGAUUAUAGCCAGGAAAGUGAUGAAGAUGUUGAUCUGGGUGGAGGAAAAGUGAGUGGUUGGUCACCAAGUGGGAAAAAGAAGAAAGAAAGACGGCCCCGUCGGGCGCCCUCUGACGGGAUGGCGACCGGCGCCGCGCCGGCCAGGAUCCAGACGUUCGUCUUCUUCGACCUGGAGGGGACGGGGCUGCCCAGCCAGCCGGCCGACUACCCGGUGCGCAUCAUGGAGCUCUCCCUGGUAGCUGUGCAGCGGCCGGCUGGCUGCGGCGCGGCGCAGCCCCGGCGCCCGGCGCCUGGUCCCGGAAUACUCGAGCAUCUGCCGCCCAACGAGAGGGGCCGCGUGACGCCGAAGCGGCCAACCAGAGAGCAUGGACUUCUAUCCUGGCUUAUCAACCUAAUCUUGUAUGGAUUUCAAGCCUUCUACCGUCUGGCGGCCGCCGGCGCGGCGCGCGCCCGGCCCCGGCCGCGGGUGGUGGCCGGAUGCGCCACCCCGCCCGUCUCAGACGACACCUCGGACGAAGACGACGACGACGACGACGCGCCGACGGAGCCGCUGCCGGUGCCGACGCCGCCGCGCGUGCGGAACUCGCUGCUGCUCGCCGUCAGUCCGCGCAAACAGAUACCGGCGAUCGUCACCGAUAUUACCGAGCUCGACAACGAGACGCUGGAGGCGCACUCGGCGUUUGAUCGCGACCUGGCCGAAAUGCUGCGCGCGUACCUGCGCCGGCUGCCGGGACCCGUGUGCCUGGUGGCGCACAAUGGCUACCGAUACGACUUUCCGCUGCUCGUAGCCGAGCUGCUGCAUGCCAAACAGACGUGGUUCGACUCGAGCGAGCUGCUGUGCGUGGACUCACUGGCGUUUUUCCGCGCCGUGGCCGCCGGCACCGACCGACCGGAGCCACCUCGCGCCCCUGGCGCGCCGACCGUGUACGCGCUCAACCCGACCACCCUCUCCUGCUGCCACGAGGCCGCCGACGACUCCUGCCUGGUCUGCAAUCCGGGCAUGUGGGUGUCGUUCGACGAGUGCGACCGUGCGAUCGGCGAGUUCGAGUUCACGUCGGUGGGCAGCCGGCGCGCCAUCCGCUGUCGCCACGCGGACGGUGCGCGCUGCGUCGUUUGUGACCACGUGCCGCGCUACCGGCGGCCGCCGCCGCGCGUACGGCGCCGGCUGUUUCCGGAGCAGGGUGUCGCGACCGCUGGCGGCGGCCUGAAACCCUCCCUGGCGCUGCCCGACCUCUACGAGCGCCGGUUCGGCGUGCCGCCGGCACUGAGCCACAGCGCCGCGGACGAUGUGGAGGCGCUGCUGCUCCUGUGUCAGUCACACGGCGAACGGUUCUUCGACUGGGCAGACCGCAACCGCAGUCCGCUGCGUGAAGUGAAGCCUAUGUGGACGCGCCGCGCCGCACGCACACACCGCGUGCUGCCCGUUUGGUGAGGUGCCUGAUCCCACACCCUCUCCACAGCCUGACUGAACUGGUUCGCCGAGUAUUUUAUGACGCUUCUCAGCUGAAGCGAUGUAGGUUUUAGGUUGCAUGAAGUUUCUAGAUAGUCGCGCGACGAAGUGGGCAUGCUUUUGAUGUAUUUGUGAGAUUUCACUUUGACGCUCCCUGACGACACGUGUCUAAAUUCAAUUCCAAACAGCUGUUUGCUGUUGUGAGUGAAAUGGCCAACAGCGGGGCAUUUCUAUUAUUGACCUGCAUACCCUUUAGGUUUAUGCAGUCGUUUAUAGCUACUUACACCUUUGUAAAAA